UACACGGAAUUCUGUGAGAUCAUGUUGGCUGUAAACAAAGCAGACUUUAUUCCUUCUAUUGCUACUCAUGACCCUAACUGAGACUUGGAUCAAACCUCAGGACACUGCCACUCCUGCAGCUCUCUCCACUAAUUUCACUUUUUCCCACACUCCUCGCACAAUUGGGAGGGGUGGAGGUACGGGUCUCCUUAUUUCAAAUUAUUGGAAAUUUGAUCUUCUACCAUCUCUUACAGGCAACAGUUAAUUUGAAUCUCAUGCUAUUACUAUUACCCACCCUGUUAAAAUCCACGUUGUAGUUGUGUAUCGUCCCCCAGGUCAACUGGGUAACUUCUUGGAGGAGUUGGAUGUAUUGCUCUCAAACUUUCCUGAAGAUGGUACUCCUCUGGUACUGCUUGAUGACUUCAACAUCCACCUAGAAAAACCCCAGGCUGCUGACUUCAACACUCUUCUCACUUCAUUUGACCUCAAGCAAGUGUCUACUAUGGCUACUCACAAAUCAGGAAUCCUAAUCAACUCUAUGUACUGCAUUUGGCCACAGAUUCUCAUCCACAUCACAUCGUAUAUCAUCUAGGGCAAUACACCUAGGAAAUAAUCUUUUGGCAUGCCUGAUCCAUCCCUGGCAAUCUUCUGCUGAUACACUAUAUUGCCAGAAGUAUUGGGUCACCUCCUUCUAAUGAACAGAUCAUGUUUGUUGUUGUUGAGGAGAAUGUGCUGCUGCUGCAUUGAUUCUGCUGGAUCAGAAACCGCUGGAAACCUCACAGACACACACUGAACACAUCUACAGACCUGAGCUUGAUUCAUGGUAACAAACCAAAGGAAGAGGACAGCAGCUUUGCUGUGUCAGUCGUGGUAAAUACAGGAGCAUUCUUCAUGAAAAUGUGCGAGAGAAGCUUGCAAGGCAAGAUGAGGGGAAAAAAUGCUUGAAGAGGGAAAGAGCAAUGGCAGAAUCUUCACCAACAACAACAAAAGCAAGCUUGAAGAGGGAAAGAACGAUGGCAGAAUCUUCACCAACAUCAAAGAAAGCUAGAAAAAUCAGGAGACGGAGUAGCGAAGAACCUCCACACAUGUCAUCCUCCAGUGAUCCACUAACUGAGGUUCCAUGCUCGAUAUGUCUGGAGGUGUUCACUGAUCCAGUCACGACUCCAUGUGGACACAACUUCUGCAAGACCUGUCUGAAUAAACACUGGGACAACAGCCAGACCUACUGCUGUCCAUACUGUAAAGAAACAUUCAAGCAAAGACCUGAUCUCAAGAUUAAUACCACACUCCGAGAGCUCGUAGAUCACUGUAAAAAGAAAAGUUCUGAGAAAACAACUGACGUUCUGUGUGACAUCUGUGAGGAAAGAAAGCUGAAAGCCCUGAAGUCGUGUCUGGUGUGUCAGAGCUCCUACUGUCAAACUCAUCUGGAGCGUCAUUUGAGAGUGACAGGUUUGAAGAAACACAAACUGAUGGAUCCUGUGAGUAAUCUGGAGGACUAUAUGUGUCAGAAACACGAGAGACCUCUGGAGCUGUUCUGUAGAGAUGAUCAGACGUGUGUGUGUCAGACGUGUAAUGUCACAGACCACAAGAACCACAACUCUGUUUCUAUUGAAGAGACUGAGUUGAUGAUCCAAGACGUGCAGCAGAAGAUCCAAGACAGAAUCAAGAAGAUUCAAGACAUUAAAAACUCAGCAGAAGUCAGAAAAAGAAACACAGAGAAGGAGAAAGCAGCCCGUGUGGAGCUCUUCACUGAUCUCAUCCGCUCCAUUGAGAGAUGUCAGACUGAUCUGCUGGAGGAGAUGGAGGAGCAGCAGAAAGCAGCAGAGAAAGAUGAGCAAGAACUCAUUGGAGAGCUGGAGCGGGACAUCGCUGAGCUGAAGAUGAGAAACAAUAAACUGCAACAGAUUUCACGGACUGAAGAUGUCAUAACGAUUUACUCAUCUCUGCGCAGCCCUACAAAAACCAGUAACUGGUCUAAGAUCAGUAUGAAGACUCAUAAGAAUCUGAAGACUCUGAGGAGAGUUGUGACUCAACUGCAGGAAACUCUACAUGAGAAACUUACUCAAACUGAGCUGAAGUGGAUGCAGCAGUAUGCAGUGGAUGUAACUCUGGAUCCUGAUACAGCUCAUCCUCAACUCAUCCUGUCUGAUGAUAGAAAACAAGUGAGAUGUGGAGACAUUUGGCAGAAACUCCCAAACAACCCAGAGAGAUUUGAUCAUGGUCCAAAUAUACUGGGAAAUGAGAGAUUCUCCUCAAGGAGAUUUUAUUUUGAGGUGCAGGUGAAGGGAAAGACUAACUGGACUUUAGGAAUGGCCCAAGAAUCCAUUAAAAGGAAGGGAGAGAUCAGACUGAGACCGAAUAAUGGAUUUUGGACAGUGCAGCUGAGGAAUGGAGAUGAAUAUAAAGCCUGUGCUGGUCCCUCUGUCUCUCUGUCUCUGAGAGUGAAGCCGCAGCGGGUCGGUGUGUAUGUGGAUUAUGAGGAGGGUCUGGUCUCCUUUUAUGAUGUGGAGUCCAGCUCUCUUAUCUACUCUUUCACUGGUCAGUCUUUCACUGGGAAACUCUAUCCAUAUUUUGGCCCAUCCUUAAACUACGGAGGUGAAAACUCAACCCCACUGAUCAUCACACCUGUCCAUUACAGUGAAUGAAUUUAUAUCCCUGAUAUGAAAGAUAAAAAUAAUUUUGUGUAAAAAACAUUAUGUAUGUGGGAUGAAGGUUCUUUAUGGUUUGUUUUUCAGUUUCAGUUCCAUAAUUAUAUGUUUUUAAUCUAUGUAAUGUAAUGCUUGUGUAAUUCAUGACAUUUUCCCCAUCUUUACCUGACACCUGUAAUUUUCUGUAAAACAUUUACAUCAAAAUAAACCAAAAUAAUCUUAAUAAACUGUUGUA